AUGGAGUACUAUCCUCAACGAGUAGGAGGUUUAUUUGAGAACGAAAUGGAACAUAAUGUACGCAUAAAGAAAUUAUUUGACGAACUCGAUUAUGAUAAGAAGGGAGUCUUAACUCGAGAGAACAUUCAAAAAGGUCUUAAACGAUUGGGAAACCAUCCAUCUCGAAAUAAGUAUGCAGCAGAACUUUUACAAAAAAUUGAUACAACUUCAGAUGGAGUAAUAGAUCUUAAAGAAUUUAAGGCUUUUGUGGAAGAAAAAGAAAAGGAAUUAUGGAAAUUAUUUAUAGAAAUUGAUAAUUCUCAUGAUAUGAGGUUACAACCCGAAGAAUUAGAAAUUGCCUUAAAAAAAUCUGGAAUUAAUUGUACAAAACCGGAAAUAAAAAAAUUCAUAAAGACAAUAGAUAAGGAUGGUAAUGGAGUAAUAGAUUUUGCAGAAUGGAGAGAUUUUUUACUGUUUCUUCCUCGAGAUAUAACAAUUUUUGAAAUAUUUGAAUAUUCCAAAAUGCUUGCUCAAGUAAGUAUUGAUGGAGAAGUUACUAUACCACCAACUGAUCUAAAAUAUCUUGCAGCUGGAGCAAUUGCUGGAGCGAUUAGUCGAACAGCUACUGCACCCUUAGAUCGUUUAACAAAUUUAUCAAUCGUCUUUAAAAGAUUAUAUAAUGGAGGAAUUUUGAACUUUUUUCGUGGUAAUGGGCUUAAUGUUGCUAAAAUUGCACCAGAAAGUGCAAUUAAAUUUUUUGCUUAUGAAAAAUCCAAAGCUAUAGUUGCCCAAUUAAUGAAAACUGAUGAUAUUGGAUCAAUAGGAAUGUCAGGAAGAUUUUUAUCAGGAGGAUUAGGAGGAGUUGUAUCACAAUUUGCUAUUUAUCCUUUAGAAACCUGGAAAACUCGUGUUAUGAAAAUGUGGAGAACACAAGGUUUUAAAUCAUUUUAUAAAGGAUUAGUACCGUCAUUAGUGGGAGUAUUUCCUUAUGCAGCGGUGGAUAUGAGUGUUUAUGAAACAUUAAAAUUAUCAUAUAUAAAAAGGAAGGCAAUUCGAUCGGGAGGAAGAGAAAUUGAACAUCCAAGCUCUUGGGUAUCAUUAGGUUGUGGUAUGAUUUCUGGUUCUAUUGCACAAGGAACACCAGGUCAUCCACAAAGAUAUACUGGUGCAAUUGAUGUAAUUCGUAAAACUUAUACUAAUGAGGGAAUACGUGGUUUUUAUAAAGGAUUAAUACCAGCAUUAUCAAAGGUGAUACCAGCUGCAGCAAUUACAUAUGUGGUUUAUGAAAAGAUUGAGAACAUUGUUGAUUUCUCGAGUUUUCCAUACAAGAGUACUCAAGCUGAUUGUAAAGCACGAAAGUGGGAGAAAGAACACGUCAUAAGCAAAUUUUUAACCAACCAGCAUUUAUGGGACUGUUUAUGA